AUGAAGAACGCUGAGACGGAGUGGCCGGAGACGGGGCGGCUGGCGCUGUACCUGCUGGGGCUGCGGGCCACUUGUCCCCCACCGAAGCCUGGUCCCCAGCGCUCACUGGUGACAUGGCUGAAGUACUACUUGGAGGAGGACUGGACAGGUGAGAGCAUCCCCAUGGGGUUUGGCACCCAGGACACCUCCCAGGGCCCCUUUCUGAGCAGGGUGCUGGGGCUGGAGGCCCAGCUGCAGAAGCGGAGGUACUGGCAGCUCCUCACCGCCCCCAGCACCAGUCUGCAGGAGGGUCUGCUGCUGCAGGAGGACCGUCUGGACGCCCUCUCCCUGCUCUGCCUGACCUCCCUGCCCAGCUUCUGCCUGCUCUUCGGGGCGGCCGUGGCGCUGGAGGUGGGUCCCUCCUGGGAAGGCGUCCUGCGCUACGACGGCACCCUCUGGGUCUGCGUCCUGCUCAGCUGCCUGGGCUCCGUCCUCUACAACCUGGCCACCAUCUGCGUCCUCUCCCUCACCUCCGCCCUCACCGUCCACGUCCUGGGCAACGUCACCGUGGUGGGCAACCUGCUGCUCUCCCGCCUCCUCUUCGGCAGCCACCUGAGCGGGCUCAGCUACCUGGGCAUCGGGCUGACGUUGGCCGGCAUGUUCAUGUACCACCAGCCGGACCUCAUCGCCGCGCGCUGGGCGGCGCGGCUGGGACGGGGCCCCCCCAGGAGGGAGUAG